ACCAGAACUUUAUACAUAAACAUAUAUCGCAUUACAAAAAUGUAAAUAAACAAAAACAACAGGUGUGCUGUUUGGAUAAAAUGUAAAUUAUUUGCGUUUUGAAACGGAAGAAAGUUGUACGGAUGAUUAAUCUCCCGUAGAUGCUGUAAAAUACUUAAUGAUAGUGUGUAGAUGCUAUUUGCGAAAUUGAAGUUGAAAUGGAGUGCUCUGAAAUCUCUGAAAAUUCGUUUGGCGAGGAUAGUUUGGGUAACCUAUUAAAUUCAAUACAAAUAACUACUUCAAGCAGCUUCGUCCCAGUAAAACCUGAUGGAAAUAUAAGACCUCUAGAAGAAAACGAUUUUAAGGAUUUUGUCUCUCGUGUUGAAUGUAACCUUAGAGAACUCAUCAGUAACCUGAGUGAGCUAAUUUACCUUUUAAGAGAUGUCAGCCAACAUGUUACGGUGUUUAGUAAUGCUGGAAACGAUGUUGUCGUUCCAUUAAUUUUGUUAUGUGGGGAACACAGAAAACCUAAUUCGUGGAACAGUGAAAACACUGUCAACAAUGUUAAUGAAAUAUUGCAGUUAUUGUGCAAGUUAUGUAGUUGUAAACAAUUGAGUGACAUUCUACUGGAAACCAGCACUAUUGGUGGAAAGAAAUUUGGAGCUUUGCUUAAGCCCUGUUUACUUUCCUUACGGCCGAAAUUACUGAAAGAUACUUGGAAAACCUUUCCUGCAGCAAUUGCAUGUUUUCAGUGGAUUCUUAAUGAAGUAAAGGCACCUUAUUUGAGUGAUUAUUUUGACAUCAUUCUUCCAACAGCAUUGAUCAUCGUAGAUGAUUUUCAGACUGAAAACCAACUGAGAGGCAUUCUUUGUUUGCAGCAUAUAGUCGAAAAUGUGACCUGCGCGGAGCUGGGCUGGCACGGCCGGGGCGACGUCGUGUUCCAAGCUCUGCAGCGCGUGCUGUACGAGCGGGAGCCGGCACUGGUGGGCCCGCUCGUCUCCUGCCUCGCGCUGCUGCUGGACAAGCUGGAGAGAGCUCGCUUCAGCCUGGAGAAGGAUCACGCUUGGUGCAGGUACGACGACGUGUUGGAGGUCUACCUUAGAAACAUGGAGAUGGAGGGCAGGCCCGCGCUGAGGAGAGCGUACCUGGGGGCCCUGCCCCACCUUCUGGAGGCCACGGGCGUUGCCGUCGUUCGCUGGAGCAGGCGCCUGCUGCGCAUCCUCCAGGAGUACGGGGAGGCAGCGGGCCAGACCGAGCGAGGGAUGGCCGUUGCCGUGCUACAGGCCUUGAAAACCUACAUGAAGCUGGCUCGGCCGAGGGUACGUGACCAUGCGACCAUCGUGUUCUCUGUGGUUCUGAGGCUCCUGUACGACGCAACCGUGCUGCCGUGCACGGACGACUCGCACGAAGGAGAGAGCCUCAUGAAGCCACUGGAGGAGUGCCUUGCAGUGCUGGCAGAGACCGUGCCAGACGAAGCUAGAAAGAUUGCUGUGCAACUCAAGACUCAAGCAAGGUUCAAUAAUAAAUUUGAUGCAGUUGUAGACUCCGUACUCGCACCAUUCUGCAGCUGAACUGGAGGCACACCUCGCAGCGCAGCAGGAAGCCUCGCCCGGCCGCGGCAUCGGGGGGCAGCGUCCCGCCCCCGGCCCCCUCGCAGCGCAGCUCCAAGGGCAGCUGGUCCGCGGGCAGCCUCGCCUCGAUCUUGGCGCAGAGGUAGGCGUGGCCGAAGCUGGGGCCCGCCCCGGCCUCCAUCUUCCUCCAGUAGGUGGCGCCGCCGGGCGGGUGGGCCUUGCUCCCGCUGCAGCCCGCAAACAGCGACAGCUUGCGCCGCUGGGAGUCGUCCAUGCGGAAGCUCUUCAGCAGGUCCUCGACGAACUGCUGGUUGCUCUUGCGAACCAGCUCCCUCAGGUCCUUGAGCCAGGCCGACACCUCCGCCUUGGAGCAGGGGUGUAUUCUCCGCAGCGCCGCGCCGCGGGGGCAGUUCAGGUAGCCGCUCAGCGGGCACUGGUAUCUGCCGCACAACGAGGCCUUCCCUUUCCCUUUUCAGUCAUUGCAACAUUUGUUACCUCAAUUAGCAUCAGUGGCAUAGCCAGGAUUUGUGUAUGGGGGGGUGUUAAGAAGCAUGCCGCCUCCUACCCCCCCGUAUUAAAGCGGGGUCCAGGGGUCCUCCCCCGGGAAAAUUAGGAUUUUCAGGUGUAAAAUAGUGCUAUUUUAGCAGUUUGCGGUACUUAAAUUUAAAUAUUGUAAUGGUAAAAAUUUUAUUAAUUUUAAUAUGAAAUUUGUAUGAGUGAUGAAUAAGAAAUUAAUUAAAGAUUUGGUGCUGGAGGGGGGGGGAUUGAACCCCUAAUACCCCCCCCCCCCUGGCUACGCCCCUGAUUAGCAUCACUGUGCAAAAUCAAAAUGAAUUAUAAGUUUGUUAGCCUUAGAGUGGCAGACUGAUUUGGUAUAAGGACCUGGGCUCUUUACCUGACCCAGCUAAUUUUAUUACAAUUUUCCAAGGUUUCCUGUAAUACCAUAAUUUUCCAGGAAAAUGUUAGGAGGUUUUUCUUACUGCAGGUUGUGUUCAAUUUCCUGAUAAGUGCUGUGUGGUUCCUUCUACAAUGACUGAUGCUGAGAUGUUCAAGCUCAAUGUAAAAUAUGUAUUAAAUAAUUUUUUUUGAA